AUGGAGGUCACAGCUCUCUGCAUCAGACUGUUGAUGAAUGUGUUGAUGCUGCUGAUUGCACAAGUUAACCUUAAUUAUUCUCAGGAAAGUGAAGCUGUGAUUGUUCCAACCAAACUGCAGCUCUUUGAAUACAGCUCCAUCUCUAUUAACUGUGAGGGUUUUAACACCACGACUGGGUGGACUGUCAUGAGAAUGAUCAAGGAAACGGGAAAGGUCAGCGAGUGUGUCAGUACCUGGGUGACAAUACCAGCAUCCGUCUGCGCCAUCAAACCCGUUUAUUCAACAGACAGUGGGGAGUACUGGUGUGAGACUGGAGAAGAGAGAAGCAACACUGUCAACAUCACUAUCACCGCUGAGGGUGUGAUCCUGGAAAGUCCUGCUCUCCCUGUGAUGGAGGGAGACGCUGUGACUCUUCGCUGUAGAAGCCACAUGUCCUCCUCAGCCCUCAUAGCGGAGUUCUAUAAAGAUGACCUCCCCAUCGGCACCAGCUCCACAGGAGAGAUGACCAUCUGUGCUGUUUCUAAAUCUAAUGAAGGACUUUACAGGUGCAGCAUCUCUGAGUUUGGAGAGUCACCGCAGAGCUGGCUGGCUGUCAGAGCACUUCACAGAGAGACUCAUCCCCCCUUAGACUGCUCCUGUCAUAUUUACCUCAUCUUAAGGACAGUUUUCACCAUUUUAAUGGUGGCUCUGCUGCUGCUGCUGGUAGGACUGCUGCACUCUGGGAAACUCAGAGUCACACAAAACCAACUGAUUCCCUCUAACUGUAAAUGUGAAGGUAACUGCCAGACGGAACAAACGAAGAGUAAAUGACAGAGAAUACUGUGUAAAGAGUUUAAUGAAUGACUUUGGUCAAUAAGAUAAAGUAUUUCAUGUACCAUCAUACUUCAAUCUCUCCAUCCUAUGUGGGGAGAUUAGAAGAGUACAAUUAAGAAACAAGUCAUCUUAUGUGCUUUUUAUGCGGUUUGUUGUUGCACAGUUUAGCUGCAAACAUUUUAGUACAGCUUUGAGAAACACAAACAAAUGUAGCAGCCUUCAUUAGAUGGACUAGAAAAGGUUUCACAGUUCUGUUACCACUUGGUGUGGUUAUUAUCAGACUGUCCAAACCAGAAAACGUUCAGUAACCACAGAUAAACGCUUGACUAUUUUCAAAAGGCCUGCUUUAUAUCUUAUUUUAUGUUUAAUUUUAGACAUUACUGAUGCUGGUGAUAAUUUAAGCUUCUUAGACACAAACCACACAAAAGAAAGAAAGCUUGUAGAAAGCUGUUCUCAUGAACCAUUUAUACAUAUAGCUACAAAAUGUAAGCUCCGCAUAGGGGGAAGGUCGGGUG